UCACAAUGUCUUCAGACUCGAAACCAGCCAUAUUCACUUACGCCGACUUCGACCUUCAAGCACUGUGUCGUCGGGCGAGCACACUACGGCAGGGUAUUUCAUGUACCUGUGACCAGGACAAAUAUCCUGCCUCGGGGAGCUUCAACUGGGCCAUCUUUAUUUCAUUUGAAGAUGGGGUACGAUGGGUCUUUAGGGCCCCACAUCCCAGAACGUUCAUGCCACUUGAGAUGGGCGUGAAGUUACUGGCCAGUGAAGCUGCCACUCUCCGGUACCUCAAAGUUCAUAGCGAUAUUCCAGUCCCAGAAGUAUACGACUACUGUGCUUCUUCCGACAAUGAGAUUAAAAUCCCUUUCAUUCUAAUGAGUGAAGCACCUGGUCAGCCACUUUCAAAAGCUUGGAAAUCAGUCGGUUCUCCCGAGUUAGACCUCGACAGCUCCGCCAAGGCCAAGGUCCUCGCCCAGCUGGGCGAUAUUACCUGGAAACUUUCGCAAUUACGGUUCGAUAAAAUUGGCUCUCUCUUUGAAGAAGACGGGGUUUACACGAUUAAGGAGUGUCUAUCACGCGGCCACAUGUUGCACGAACGGUUCCGAUUAGAGGUUUCGCGUGGCCCUUUCGCUUCUGAGUCCGAAUUUUAUGAGAGCCUUCUCUCUGUAUUUCUGCAGCAUGCGGAAGCUCUCCAGUUGUCCCAUCAUUGCUUUGCGGCCCCUGUCCCUGCAUGGGAAGACUAUGGAUCUAACUCACAAUAUAAGGGUGCUGUGGGCCUAUGGAAUGACUUCGUCACUGUUGGGUGCAAAAUUGAUACAGCAGAGAACAGGCUGGAUUACAUCAUUGCAGGGAAUGCCCUUCGCGAUAUACUAGGCACAUCAUGGCUUUCUUCCGUCAAUCAGGCGGGCUUUCCUCUGUGCCACGCUGAUCUCAGUGUCAAUAAUAUAUUUGUGGAUGACGAUUACAACAUUACGUGUAUCAUUGACUGGGCAUUCGCAUCAUCUAUUCCUGAAUCUAUGCUGGUGGCUCCUCCAGGGUUGCCACAAUAUCGCGACAAGCUCAGUUCAGAAUUGCAGACGGCCUUCAUAGAUGGCUUUUUCGCUGCUAUACCUGGAUCAACGGAGGAGGAGGUGGUGCACAGAUGUCGUGAAUCAGUUGGACAGGGCCGACUAUCAUGGCCGUUAAGUCGGCUCCUUAGCCAUGACACCAUCGCUGAGUACGAUCUCUUUGCUGACAUUUGGCACUCUACCCGUGGUUUCGAAAUGGACAUAGGACAAUACUUCUUGCAACAACGACGUCUGCCACGAUACAUACAGCUCUAUGAUGAGGUUCGAGAAGAAGACCAGCCGCUGUCAAAAAUCGAAAAGGAUGAAAAACAAUAUUUCCACAACAAAGUAUUCAGACACACAUUAGCCAAAAAGCUGACAUUCAAUGCCCAAUGGAAGGCAUCGUAUACUCCCAAUGAUCCUCCCAGACUUCGCCAAGACAUGUUUGUUGCCUCGCCCAAAUUAUGGAAGUGGGUUCAGCAAUUUGUGCAGGACUGGGAAAACAUGUCUUGAUCUGUCUACCUCAACCGGAUGCGCUCGACUGGGACCGCCCAGAGAGUCCAAGUAUCAUCAUCUCUAACCUUCGCGAGAUUAGUUCAUCUGACGGUUAUUGGUCAGUUUUAGCUACAAGGCUAGUUUCGAUAGCUAUGUGGG